CUCACGUACACUCCAGUCGGCGAAUGAACAACAUGAAAUCAGGGAAAUGGCGAUGGCAGUAUUCACCUCGCGGCCUAAUUCUCAUCCUUUUGAGGAAAGGAGAGUUCCUUUAACGGAGCCGGUAAAGAUAGGACGUUCAGUAGCGAAGAGUAGACCAGCCACAAACAAUUGUAUCUUCGACUGCAAGGUCUUGUCGAGGAACCAUGCUAUCCUAUGGUAUGAAGACGGGAAGUUCUUCUUGCAAGACACAAAAAGUAGCAAUGGAACUUUUGUGAACAAUGUGCGGCUUAGCAAAGGUUCAGAGGAGAGUGAGCCAAAGGAGUUAAAGUCUGGGGAUAUUGUUCAGUUUGGAGUGGAUGUAGUGGAAAACUCUAAAAAAGUAACUCAUGGCUGUAUUGUGGCUACUGUGACCCUGUUUCUACCUGAUGGAAAAGAAGCAACCAAGAGUGGUGUUCCCAGAAGCUUGUUUGCAUUGAAUGAAAAUGGCAUCCAAGCACAAGAAAUAUGGCAGUUAUCCCAGUAUUUACAGGAUGCGCUCUACAGAGAACAAAUGCUGGAAAAUAAACUGGCAAAUCUUCAGAGACUUAUAUCAGACUCAAAAGGAGCAGUGGAGGACAAUACACAGUCAUUUGCUCAAGAGGACAAAUUGCUGUCAAGAUUAGAGAUUUUGGAAAACCAGCUGGAAACUUUAACAAAGAAUUUAAAUGAAGAUGACAUAAAAAAAGAACUGCUUGUUCUCCAAGAGGAAAGGCACAAUUAUGAAAUGAGAGCAAAGGAGUCACUCAAAAAAGUGUUGCAGGAAAAAUUAGAAGCUAUUCAAAAAUUAACUGAAAUAGAGAAAUCAUGUAACAAUGCUGAGGAUGAAUGUCUUCAUUUUAAGUCCUUAUACGAAAGAUCACAGCAAGAACUUAAAGAUUUGGCUGAAAAACACAAGCAGAGAUUACAAGAAAUGCAGAGUCUUCAGGAUCAAGUUGAAGAAGCUGAAAAGAGACAUUCUGCAGUUGAAGAGCAGGCUCUUCAAGAGAAAACUGAAUUUGAAAUGAGACUAAAAGAAGCGGAGCUUCGUGAAGCUUCAUUAGCUGCACAGAAAGAAUCUUUACAAGCAGAAUGUGAUUUUAAGAAAGAACAAGUUGAAGCAAUGAAAGUUCACAUUGAUAAAACUAAAGAUGAACAUCGCCAGCCAGGUGCUGAGUACAAAUCACCAGUGAUCCAGCUACAAGAUGAAACUGUCAUUGAGACUGUUGAUGUAAAUGGAACAAGAGAACUGGAAUCAGUACCAGAAAGUUUGGAUGGUGAAGAUGCAAUAGAACUGGAAAACAUGGAGGACAGUGAUCAAUCAAACACAGAUGAUGUUAAAAUCCUACAAGGUAAGAUUACAACUGGGUACUGGCGAAUUUUCAGGACCCAGAUGAGAUGCUGUGGGGGGCGGGGUGGUGGCGAUUUAGAAAAGUCACAACUAACUGCGAAGGAAGACAAUGAAAAAAUUCGCUCACUUGAAGAGCAAGUGGUGGAGCACCAUCUUCAGGACAUUGAUAAUCUGUCCAUUCCAAGUGACAUCGGCGAUGAUGAAGGAGACCAUUUUGAUGCCUCUCAGCCUGUCGCUAAUCAUGAUGACCAUGAAAUAGAUAAGAUAGAUAACAGAAACUUGUCUGAUGAGAUGGAUCUUGUCAAAAGACUUUAUGAUCGCAUCUGUGAGGUGAAAACCAUGGCUGAAGAGAGGCACUUGAUGAUGAUUAGGUGGUCUGCUGAUAAUGAUGACGAUGACGAAGAUGAAAUAGUUGCUAAUGAUGUCACUGCUGAAAAGUCGCAUCGAGAGGAAACCUCUGGUCAUCAACCACGGAACGCAAGGCAAUUGUUGCAAGACAGUUUACACAAUGUACAAGACAUAAAAGGAGAAUUCAUUGAAAUUGGAAGAAUCAUCGAUAAUGAACACGAAGAGUCGCAGCAUGUGCAAGGGCAACUGAAUGAUACCCAACAAGAACUGAAGGAAAAUAACGAACUUGUGGUCGAGUUGCAAGAGGAGCUGAAAAAUGCGCAGGCUUAUACAAAAGACUUCAAACAGCAAAUUUUAGACCUGAGAGACAAAUUACUUGAAGAACAAGAAUGCACUCGGAAAAAAGAAGAGUUUGUUGCGCAACUAAAACGAGAACUAAAUGAACUGUUACGAGAAAAAGAUCUCCUUGCGUUGGAGAAAAAAUGUGAACAUCACGCCACUGAAACCGCCAUCAACAAUGCGCGAGAGAUGCAGAAACAGGCAGCUAAGAGUGCGAAGGAUGCUAGCAAGAAUAAAGUGGAGCUGAGUGCAGUCACAGACGAUAAUCGCAUCCUGAAACAAAGAAUACAGAUCCUGGAGAGCGAGCUGAAAAAAUACCGCAGGGAAAACAACCGCUUGACCUCUGAUCAAUCCCGUCUUCAAGCAACGUACCGUGAGAUCGAAAACCAGAGCAAAUUUUUGAGCGAAAAAAUUAUGCGUCAACAGACUACGCUACAAGGCAAGAUUGAAAGGGAAAUAACGGAGAAAAAACUCACUGAAGAUCAGGCCAGUGCCCUCGAGGAGCGACUUCUUGAAACGGAAGUGAAGCUUCAGAAAACGCAAGAGGACGCUCAGAGGAAUAUCCAAAAGUUAAAUGACGCUAAUUCACAUCUGUGGACGUACAUCAAGGCUGGUUUGGUGGCAUUUAUCGCGUUCAUUUUGGCAUACGCUCUUGGUCUUAUUGAACUACAUCCAGGUGGAACAACUAGUGUUCUCUGGAGUUAACGAAUGUUUCCUCUAGUUAGCGUAUACUUUGUACUAUUGCAACCAAGACGUUUCAUUCUUUUGAAAAAGAAAAUUUUGGCGUUCUUUCGGACGUAUCUAGUGCGUUACUUUAUAUACAAGCUUUGCGUGACAGGGAAUCGUGCUGUGACAAGGAAGAGGCGUAGCGUGACGCGCCUGAUUUUGUUGGAGGGGAUUGCAUAAUCUUUCGUAAAAGAAAGAAAAUUGGAUUAUUUGGAUUAUUUGUUUGAAAAAAAAAAUUGCCUCCCAUAAUUAUUACUUAUUAAUGUCAAAAUUGGGCAAUCCGUUCGUCGCUCCAUUUUAUUUGAUAUUGUUCUUGUACGAGUUGGAAACGUUUUAUACUGCAUGAAACAAAGUUUUGUGUUCCAAUCAGGGUGUGCUGCCCUUUCUCUGUCUUUGUCCAUCAAUGAUUACUUUUCUGUUUUCUCGCGGCAAUGUUUACUUUCAGGAAAUUCUAUGUACCCUUAGUCAAGAAAAUCAUUGAAACUAUUUCCAUCGAGAUAAAAGUCGGUCUAGAGGAGUUUAAAUCGAAAUGUGUACUUUUGAGUGGGGAACGAGGAGGGGGGGGGGGCCUUUUGCAAAAGAACUAAUCAGCUCACUUCGUUAAACUCAGAUGCCUUUAAAAUCUUCUGUUAACACCCGUCGAAUGGUAUUUUGUCUCGCCUAGGUAACCUUGUGUUUUACAGGUCAAUAAACAAAUUUUUUAUUAAUUUGGCUUUCCUUGGCAAGUUUUAUCAAAUUCGCUACUUGGCAGAUGGCGGGAAAGUAACCUAAUGGUAUUAGUAUUGCUCUAUAUCAAUUCCUCACCAACCAGGUUUGGAAACAUUCAUUUUAAACGUUUAUAUUUUAUUUCAUCAUUUCUUUGUUUUUUCUCACUUAAAUACCCUCAUUUAGUCAAAAUAGAUGAUGGGUUUUCCGUUUCAAACGUAUUCUAGAUAGUUUGUCAUUUGAACUCUUUCGACAUCUUCAUUAGUGUCGCCGUUUUGCAGCCAUCUUUCUAGCAGUCUCGUUAUCCCAAACAUUGCAUAUACGGUUAUCGAUUUCUACGUAUCACUAGGAUGAUCGAUUUCGAAAUAAAACUGCAGGUUCGGACAAAUAUUA